AUGAAUCUGCUGUACCUCUUCAUCCUGCUGACUGUGUACAGGCCUGCCCAUGGCACCUGGGACACCUGCAGAGGAACCUGUGGGCACCGGCCCAUGGCUUCUGACUAUGACUCCAUAGCUUCUGACUUCAGCAUCGUGGCUGCCACAGGUGCCCAGCCAGGGGCCUGGCCCUGGAUUGUCAGCAUCCAGGACCCCAGGAAAAUAGGCACCGGCCACACGUGUGGAGGGUCCCUCAUCAGCCCUCAGUGGGUGCUCACAGCAGCCCACUGCUUCCUCCAGGCCAGGAAUGUCACCAUGUGGCGUGUGCUCAUCGGGGCCACCCAGCUGACCCAUCUGGGCCCCGAGGCCCAGGUGCGCCACGUCAAGCGGCUCCUGGUGCACCAGCAGUACACGGCAGAGUCGCAGCAAAACGACAUAGCCCUGCUAGAGCUGGACGAGCCCGUGCAGUGCAGUGACUACGUGCAGCUGGCCUGUGUGCCCAACGCCUCACUCACAGUGUCAAAGCUGAAAUCCUGCUACAUUGCUGGCUGGGGUUCUGCCAGUGCAAAGGCUCUGGGUCUGAGUGAUGUCCUGCAGGAAGCCAAGGUCCGUCUCCUGGAUAUCCAGGUCGUUAACAGCAGCCGCUGGUACGCUGGCACCAUCCACACCCACAACCUGUGUGCUGGCUACCCACGGGGUGGCAUGGACACCUGCCAGGGUGACAGUGGAGGGCCUCUGGUGUGCAAAGAUAACAGUGCCAGCUACUUCUGGCUUGUUGGAGUGACCAGCUGGGGAAAAGGCUGUGCCAGAGCAAAACGGCCAGGAGUCUACACCUCCACUCAGCACUUCUACAACUGGAUCCUGGUCCAGAUGGGCCUGUGCCCAGCUGAAACAGCCACUCCAGCACCAGAGUCAACCUGCAUCUCAACCCCUCUUGAGCAGCCAGAGCCCACACCAACAGAAUCAGGCUGCUCUACUCCCACUCCACAGACAACUGUAACAGCCACUCCAACACCAGAGACAACCUUCAGCUCAACCCCCUCUGAACAGCCAGAGCCAACACCAACAGAGUCAGGCUGCUCUACUCCCACUCCUCAUCACCCAGCUGUGACAGCCACGCCAGAGCCAGAGACCUCAACCCCAUCUGAGCAGCCAAUGCCAACACAAUUUCUCCUGCCCGCUCCACAUCCCUACCAGCCAGCAAACACCUUUGUUCCCAGCUCUAUGCAGGAUCACAUUCUUUCAGUCUCCAAGAGCCAGGACCCAAAACUGAACCUCUUCAUUAACUACUGCCACACGAAUGGUGCCAGGAAAGAAAAGCUCUUGGCUUUGCCUUGGGCACUGUCAGCGCCCAUCAAAACAACCACACGAUGGGGAUGUGGGUUCGCUAAAGAAGGGAACGAACCCAGCCCAGCUCAAAACCACCCCGAGGGCAGAGCCAAGUGGAAAACGUCCCUGCUCUCAAAGCAGCUGUGUCAGGACACAAGGAUUUAG